AUGUCUAUUGAGAACCCAGGAUACCUGGCCUCAAGUUCCACUGAUGGAGAGUCACCUGCUAAAAACAUAGCCGCUGCAAAAAAUCGCCAGAGGUCUCCUUCUCUUUUGAAUGAAAAUUUUAUCAAUUCCUCGGGCCUUCUCGCGCCCUCACCUCUACAUUUUGAUUGGCAAUCUACUCGGUCCUGUGUGAGUGAGCGUGUCCGAAGUCUAUUCGCUAACACCACCUUGGCAGACGUGUAUUUCAAUAUUCACUAUCAACCGGGCUGUGAUGGCGCUUCAACGCCAUCUAUUCAUCUGAAGAGCUCACAAAGUCAAUCCUCUGUUGUUACUGAGGUCAUGGUGCAACGCAUCCCUGCACACGCCUUCAUCUUAGCCAUCAGUUCGGCUGUCUUCGAGGCCAUGUUUUACGGGCCAUUAUCAGUGCAAAACACGGGAUCCGCUGUCACUGUAUCCAGGGAUUUGAAUCAUAAAUCACCAAAGUAUCUUGGACAAUCCAUACCUAAGCAGACCUCCUGGCCGCCUUCUGCUAUCACAUCCACCCUUCAGCCCUCUGAACGUAUGCAUGUUGAUUCCGUGGGUGAUGUCAUUUCAUCUGAUAUCGCGAAAGAGGCGCACCUUCAGCCCAUGAUUUUCAAUCCUUCACCUAGUCAGAUUACCCCUAACAGCCCCAUAGUGAGGCUUUCGGCUUUAGAGAUACAUUUGGAUGAUGUCAAUCCAGUGGCCUUCGCAAACGUUCUGCGUUUCAUCUACACCGAUGAAAUACAAAUAGAUCCCAGCAAUGUUCUGCAGACUCUCUAUGUUGCCAAAAAGUAUGCAAUUACUGUAAUGGAGAGGGCUUGUGUUGAUUUCUUAAGUCAAGCGAUUACUGUGGACAAUGCUUUCAUGCUUCUUGGCCAAGCUAACUUCUUCGAUGAACACGAAUUGGCGCAAAAAUGUCUGGAGGUCAUCGACAAAAAUACGGCCAAAGUUUUCGAUACCGACGACUUCUUAGCGGCAGAUAAAGAUCUGCUGUGCAGCAUUCUUGAGCGUGACACUCUUUGUAUUCGUGAGGUUCGGCUUUUCGUGUCUGUGAUAAACUGGGCAAAAUCGGAGUACCAUCGGCGGUGUUUAGAAGGAGGACUCUCUCCCUCCCACUGCUUGGUCACCGGCGAUACCUUGUCAACGGAUACCAACCCCUCAACCGUUCUCUCUCGCUCUGCCUCUGUGACAACCCUUCCGAGUCUUUCAGAUGUGCCCAUCGAGGAGCUUCGUACAAUUCUCCAACCUCUCUUACCCCAUGUUCGAUUCCCACAGAUGAGCAUCGAGGAGUUUGCUGAUGUGGUUGUUCCCUCCGGCGUGCUGGAGGACUCGAUGACGAUUAAAAUCUUUCAGCAUUUUAUCGCCUCCAAAACUGCCAAGCCAGAAUUACCCUUUCUCAAGCGACCUCGAUGUUUUCUGCAUGGCGUAGAGGAGGCUGUGCGACGCUUUGGGGUGGUUGACCAACGCUGGGAUUACCGAGGAACUAGUGAUCGCAUCAGAUUCAAAGUCGAUCGGAAGAUUUAUGUCGUCGGUUUUGGCCUCUACGGAAGUAUUCACGGUGAGAGUGAAUACGAAGUCAGUAUAGAGAUUGUUCAUCCUGAGUCGGGUCUGGUCCUCGGUAGCAAUGACGUCACCUACCUUUCUGAUGGAUCGCCAAAUACCUUCCGUGUUGCAUUUCAAGAACCCAUUCCACUAACGCCGCAUGUAAACUACCUAGCCUGUGCCACGAUCAAGGGUCAGGACUCCUACUAUGGCACGGGUGGGCGACGAGAGAUAAGCCAUGAAUGCUCUGCCGGAGGCAAAGUGACCUUCCAAUUCUCCUAUGCUGCAUGCACAAACAAUGGCACCUCAGUUGAAGAUGGGCAAAUUCCAGAGAUCAUCUUUUUUGUUUAA